AUGCACCACCUGUCGACCUCCUCUUCGCGCGCCGUUCGUCGUGCUGCCGCAAAAGCCGCAAAGCCCAUACUGGCUCGCGGUGCCCACAAGGAAAUUAAGUUCUCCAAUGAGGGCAGGGCAUCCAUUCUGAAGGGUGUGGAUGUUUUGGCCAACGCAGUCAGUGUGACGCUUGGACCAAAAGGUCGUAAUGUGAUAAUUGAACAGUCAUUUGGCGGACCCAAAAUUACCAAGGACGGUGUUACGGUUGCAAAGUCCAUUUCUCUCAAGGAUAAGUUCGAAAACCUUGGUGCUCGACUCGUGCAAGACGUUGCCCAAAAAACGAACGAAGUUGCCGGUGACGGGACAACAACAGCCACAGUCCUUGCUCGUGCUAUCUACUCGGAGGGUGUAAAAAAUGUCGCGGCCGGCUGCAAUCCCAUGGACCUCCGUCGAGGUUCGCAAGCUGCCGUCGACAAGGUCGUCCAGUUCUUGUCUGCUAAUGCCAAAACCAUUACGACAACGGCUGAGAUUGCCCAAGUCGCGACCAUCUCGGCCAAUGGUGAUACCCACGUCGGCAACUUGAUAGCCCAGGCUAUGGAGAAAGUCGGAAAGGAGGGUGUCAUUACGGUGAAGGAGGGACGUACCAUCGACGACGAGAUUGAGAUCACCGAGGGCAUGCGCUUCGACCGUGGAUUCAUCUCCCCCUAUUUCAUCACCGAUGUCAAGACACAGAAAGUUGAAUUUGAGAAGCCCCUCAUCCUCCUCAGCGAAAAGAAGAUAUCCGUUCUCCAGGAUAUCCUUCCUUCCCUUGAGGCAGCUGCCCAGGCUCGACGACCUCUUGUCAUCAUCGCUGAAGAUAUUGACGGCGAAGCUCUUGCUGCCUGCAUCCUCAACAAGCUCCGUGGACAACUCCAGGUUGCUGCCGUGAAAGCUCCCGGCUUCGGCGACAACCGCAAGUCUAUUCUCGGCGAUCUCGCUAUCCUCACCGGCGGCACUGUGUUCACCGACGAGCUCGACAUCAAGCUCGAGCGUGCUACUUCCGACCUCCUGGGCUCAACUGGCUCCAUCACGAUCACCAAGGACGACACCAUCGUCCUUAAUGGCGAAGGUUCCAAGGACGCCAUCCAAGCCCGUUGUGAACAAAUCCGUGCUGUCAUCGCUGAUACCACCACUUCCGACUACGACCGCACUAAGUUGCAAGAACGUCUCGCCAAGCUCAGCGGUGGUGUCGCCGUCAUUAAGGUUGGCGGUGCAAGCGAAGUUGAGGUUGGUGAGAAGAAGGACCGCUAUGACGACGCGCUGAAUGCCACCCGUGCCGCCGUUGAAGAGGGUAUUCUCCCCGGUGGUGGUGUUGCUCUCCUCAAAGCCAGUUUAAUGCUCGCCACCAACUCCCCGGGAAGCACAUCGACGUCGUCGCCAACAUCACCGAAUGCUGAAGUCAUUCCUACCGCCAACUUCGACCAGGAACUGGGUGUUGGCAUCAUCCGUCGUGCCCUUACCAACCCUGCUCGUACUAUCCUCAAGAACGCUGGCGAGGAGUCCUCUGUCAUCGUCGGCACUCUCCUGUCUCAGUAUGGCACUGAGGACAAGUUCACUUGGGGAUAUGACGCUGCGAAAGGGGAAUAUGUUGACAUGAUCAAGGCCGGUAUCGUCGACCCUCUGAAGGUUGUACGCACGGCAUUGGUUGAUGCCUCCGGUGUUGCCAGCCUUCUCACUACUAGUGAGUGCUGUGUCGUUGAUGCUCCGGAAGACGACAAGCCUGCUGGUGGUAUGCCAGGUAUGGGAGGCAUGGGUGGUAUGGGCGGCUUCUAA